UCUGACGCCCUGUGACGUCACGCGCGCGCACCGGCUCGCGCACGUUCCAACGCAGCACUUCUGCUGCGGCGCGCGCGCCACCUGGCGCUCUGCGGGCAGCGCGUGCGCGCGGAUUCAGGAGGCGUGCAGGGGCCGAGGGCUCUCCUCUCCUCUCCUUCAUCAUCUUCGUCUUCUUCGGCAGGCAGAGCGACGUGGACCGUCUCAGCUCGGAGGAUGAUGCGAAUCACUUUGCUUCUGCAUUUUGGACUCCUGCUGAGCUUCUGUCAGGCUCAGUCGGAGACGGGCGGCGAUGAGGCGGCCGAGGAGGAGCAUGUGGAGCUCUUCACCACGCCCACCGCCAAGAUGGGCGCCGCCACCUCCGACUUCGGCUACAACCUUUUCCGUGCGCUGGCGAGCCGCGACGCCUCCACCAACGUCUUCCUGUCCCCGCUCAGCGUGUCCGCGGCUCUCACCCAGCUGUCCAUGGGAACAUCGGAGAGCGCCGAGCGGCAGCUGCACCGCGCCCUGCGCUACCACACUCUGCAGGACCCCCAGCUCCACAACACCCUCAAAGACCUGCUGGCCUCGGUCCGCACGGCCGGGAAAGGCCUGAGUGCCGCCGCUCGCAUUUACCUCGCCAAACGACUCCGUCUGAAGCAGGACUUCUUCUCGCUGGUGGAGCAGCAAUACGGCGUUCGUCCCAAGCAGCUGAUGGGCGGAGCCAGAGACAUGAAAGACAUCAACGACUGGGUUUCCCAGGAGACCGGCGGGAAGGUACAGCGCUUACUGGCCAAGCCCCUCCCCCGAAACUCAGGCGUGAACACUGUGAGCGCCGCCUACUUUAAAGGAAAGUGGGCGACUCGCUUCAGCCAGAGCGGUGCGCUUGAAAACUUCCAGGUGGACGGAGGGAUGCCAGUCCGCGUUCCCAUGAUGCAACAGGACAACUACCCGGUGAAGAUGGGCGCAGACUCAGACCUGAGCUGCACGAUCGCUCAGAUCCAGAUGCAGGACGACGUCAGCAUGUUCAUCUUCCUGCCCGAUGACGUGAGCGCCAACACCACCCUGCUGGAGGAGAGUCUGACCGCCGAGUUCGUGCAGGACCUCUCCAUGACGCUGCUUCCUGCCCAGGUGUCCCUCACGCUGCCCGUCCUCAGCUUCAGCUACUCCACAGACGUGAUGCCACUGCUCGGAGAGCUCGGUCUCUCCGAUUGGCUCAACAACCAGGAGCUGGAGAAAAUCUCGCCUCAGCCGGCCAGGCUUGGCAGCAUCAAUCACAAGGUUGUCAUGGAGACAGUGCCGGAGGGAAACCAGUACGCCAGCACCGCCUCGCCGCCGAGUCACCUUGCCUACCGCGUGGACCGACCUUUCCUCUUCCUGAUCCGGGACGAGACGUCGGGGGCGCUGCUCUUCAUCGGCCGGGUGGUCAACCCCAAAGACCUGCGGAUAUAAAAAACAAACA